GGGGCGGGGCCGCUCUCCUGUCGAGGGGCGCGGAGGACCGCAGGAAGAGAGCGCACCUGGCGCUCACCGACGUCCCGCCCCCAGCACCACGGCCCAGCGGCCCUCCGCCCCUGACCCCCCGCGGGCUUCGGAGGGUUCCCCGCAACCCCUGCCAGCUUCCGGACCCAGGCGUCCCUACUCCGCGGUCCUCAGUCCCCCAGUUAUCCCACGGGACCCCCAACGCCGCCGGCCGCACGCCCGCCCGGAAGCAACGACUUACGCCGCGGCCGGGCCGGGACAGGGGCCGACGUCGCCAUGCCCUCGUUCGGUGACCUGGUGCGCGACUGGCAGCGGGGCGCGCAGGCCGUGGCGCGCGGGGAUUGGGGCUGCGCCCUGCAGCUCUUCUCGAGCGUCCCGGACCCGCCCGCCAGGAUAUGCUUCAACGUGGGAUGUGUGCACCUCCUGGCGGGGGACCCGGAGGCCGCGCUGCAGGCAUUUGACAAAGCGGUGACCAAGGACGCCUGCAUGGCUGUCGGCUUCUUCCAGCGAGGAGUGGCCAACUUCCAGCUGGAGAGAUUCCAGGAGGCCCUGUUCGACUUCCGACUGGCCCUGGAGCAGCUGAGGGGCAAUGCCGCCAUUGACUACACACAGCUGGGCCUGCGGUUCAGGCUGCAGGCCUGGGAGGUGCUGUUCAACGUGGCCUCAGCACAGUGCUGCCUGGGGCUCUGGGCCCAAGCCACCCGCAGCCUGGAAGAAGCCAUCUCCAAGGGGCCAGAAGGGGCCCGCGAGGACCUGAGAACUGCCCUGGACCAAGUACAGAAACAGGCCUUCCUGCAGCCUCGGCAGGUUCCCAGGGGCGAAGUCUUCCAGCCCCACAGACGAUACCUGCAGCACCUGGCACCUGUGGAUUUCCUGGGCAAGGCCAAGUUUGUUUCCACCUGCCGGAGGAGGUCUGGCCAUCUUGGGCCCCCCACCCUACAGGUAGUGGUAGCCUCUGCUGCCCCUGACGACCAGCACGAGGGUGUCCGGCCUCAGCAGCCCCAGGUCCAGGCACCAGGCCUGGGGAAGCUGCACCCACCCCAGGGCCCCACACGGGCCCAGCAGAGCCUGUGGCUUUCCUUGCAGAGGCUCCACACCGAGCAAGUUGGCGAACAGGUUCCUCCAGAGCUGCCAGCAGCUAGGGGCCCAGACUCUGGACCCUCUCAGGACCACUCAGGUGCUGGGGGAGUGGCUGUGGGGGACCCCGAGGCCUUGCUGACCAUCACGGUGCAGUGUGCCUUCACCCUGACCCUGAAGGCCCCAAGAGGAGCUGACCUGUCCAGCCUGCGGGCCCUGCUGAGCCAGGCCCUCCCUCUCCAGGCCCAGUGUGGGCAGCUCAGUUACCGAGACCCUGGUGAUGGGCACUGGGUCCCCCUCCCCGAGGAGGAGGCCCUGCAGAGGGCCUGGUGGGAUGCAGGUUCUGGCCCCACCGGGCUGCAGCUCCAGUGCCGAGGAGUAGGCGGCCGGCCUGUCCUCUACCAGGCGGUGGCCCAGCAUGGCUACUGUGCCCAGGGGCCCGAGGACCUGGACCUGCAGCCUGGGGACACCGUGGACGUCCUAUGUGAAGUGGACCAGGCCUGGCUGGAGGGCCACUGUGAUGGCCGUGUUGGCAUAUUCCCCAAGAGCUUCGUGGUCCCUGCCGGCCAGGGCGUGAGAUGCCAUGCCCCCCCGCCUUCCGGGCCCAGUGAGAUCAGCUCCGAGGGAUCGCGUGACAGGAAGGUUUAAUAAAAGCAAUCUGCUCACCAA